UAGUAAUUAUUACACAGAAAUCUUUUCUUUCCCCAAGGUAAACUUUCAGGAUUAUUUCAUUUCUUAGAGCAUCUCAGAGGAUUUUGCAGUUCAGAGUGACUGACAUCAAGAUAAAGAAAAAGAGUGACUGAGGCAAAUAGAUUCUCAUCUGGUAAAAGUUGUGAACUUACUACUGGCUUUAAUACUAACAUUGUGACAUAUCUUGAACAACACUUUGUCUAGAAACCUGUGUUAUCUGAACUGUUCACGUCGCUUGGCUGGUUUCCGAAGAGAGAAACAUUCCAGAGAACUUUUCGUGCUGCUUUGGUGGAGUUUUGGCAUUUUGGCAGACCUGGGCCAUUUGGGUGGAGUCUUGCUGCUUCUGCUGAGGGGUGCCGCCACUGUUGCUGUGGUUUGCUGCUUUGCUGUUUCACUGGGCUGCUGGUAUCCUGAGGACCGAGACUGGGAUAUCCCCAAAGAACCUCACAACCCUAAUCAGCAGAAAGCAGAUAAAAGGCACACUCCAAAUGUGGUGGCUUUUGGCAGCAGCGUGUUGUGUGCUUCUCCAUGGACCCAUACACGGCUAUAAGCAGAGAAGCAUCACAAAUCCGGAAGCCAAUAUGAACAUAAGUCAAAUUAUUUCUUACUGGGGCUAUCCUUACGAGAAGUACGAUGUUGUAACAGAGGACGGUUAUAUCCUUGGAACUUACCGGAUUCCUCAUGGGAAAGGAAGCUCAGAGAAAACAGUUCCGAAGGCAGUCGUGUACCUGCAGCAUGGCUUGAUUGCAUCCGCUGGUAACUGGAUUUGCAACCUGCCCAACAACAGCUUGGCGUUUCUUCUAGCAGACAGCGGUUAUGACGUGUGGCUGGGGAACAGCCGAGGAAACACCUGGUCCAGAAAACACCUGACACUGUCGCCAGACUCACCUCAGUACUGGGCCUUUAGUUUGGAUGAGAUGGCUAAAUAUGAUCUUCCAGCCACGAUCAAUCUAAUCCUAGAGAAAAGUGGACAGAAGGAGCUCUUCUAUGUGGGCCACUCACAGGGAACUACCAUAGCAUUCAUAGCAUUCUCUACAAAUCCAGAACUGGCUAAAAAGAUUAAGAUAUUUUUUGCACUAGCUCCAGUGGUCACGGUAAAAUACACUCGAAGUCCUAUGAAAACAUUAACCACCCUUUCCCGGCAAGCUGUCAAGGUAUUGUUUGGUGACAAAAUGUUCUCCACUCACACAUUGUUUGAACAAUUCAUUGCGACCAAAGUUUGCAACCGGAAGAUAUUCUAUCCUGCAUGCAGCAACUUCCUGUUUUCUCUCAGUGGAUUCGAUCCCCAGAACUUAAACAUGAGCCGCUUGGAUGUUUAUAUGGCACAGAGCCCUGCAGGGACGUCUGUUCAGAACAUGCUACACUGGGCCCAGGCUGUCAAUUCUGGUCAACUCCAAGCUUUUGACUGGGGCAAUGCUGACCAGAACAUGAUGCAUUUUAACCAGCUUACACCUCCUGUGUACAAUAUCAGUAAGAUGAAGGUCCCAACAGCAAUGUGGAGUGGAGGACAUGAUGUUGUGGCAGAUUCUAGGGACACUGUAAAUCUGCUGCCUAAAGUUGCCAACCUUAUUUACUACAAGGAUAUCCCACACUACAAUCAUAUGGAUUUUUACCUCGGACAGGAUGCACCCCAGGAAAUUUAUCAGGACCUAAUUAGACUGAUGGAAGAAUAUUUGCAAAAUUAAAGAUGCUCUCUUUCUGCAAGCAGGUGGAUAUCUUACAGUAACAAUGAAACUGCCAGACCCUGGGGUGACACCUCAAUAAUUCUCAGCUCUUUUUUAUGAAGGAAAAAAAAAUGAGUACAGUAGACAGCAUUUGAAAAGUUGAUAGAUGCCAUACCUCUUUCUAGGUUAUUCUGCUUACCAGAAGUGAUGGGAUACAGUUACCUUGUUACAUUAUAAGAGAUGGCAUUUUGUUUAAGCUGUCUAAAACAAGUGUUACUUUUGUUGGCUUGAAACAAAAAGAUGUAAUAAGGAAGCCACAUUGCAAGGAACAGUGGAUAGCUGUUCAUAUCUGAGGAUGGUCUCCGGAAGAUGACCAGCAAAAACCAGAACCUUCAACCAAUCUACAGCCACAAGAAAAUAAAUCCUGCCUCAACUCUGCUUGAGUGUAGAAGCCAUUCUUUUGGACUCGUGCUUCUUAUCAUGAAAGCAGCCUUGAAUUGAAUGCAACCUGUAAAACCUGGGGCAGGAGUAGAGGUCUGAUCUCUGAUAUUAGAAAUAAAUUGGGACUUUGUACAGAUGUUCAUUUAGGUGUCAUCCACCCAAAGAGCAUCAGACCCGUCCGAUACCUUUUUCUCAGAGGCGGGACCUGGGGCAUCAACCCGCAUGCAAUCAGACAUGCUCUUCUCUGGGUCCAAAGCGGCUGACCCUGUGCAGUGCUUAGCCUCGCAUCCUGAGCGUAUCAUUUUAGCUUUUUAUGGUAUCCAACCAUGCUUGGGGAGAAUGUCCAGAGAUCAGACCUCUACUCUUGCCUGACGCGUCUAAAACAAAAAGGGGGAACUGUAGAGAGCUGCGGAAUGCUAUGCCUUAAAGAUGGAGCUGGUUUCCGCCUUCCACCUUCCCGAUGGUGAGUGCUCUCUGUCAUGAACAAUUCCACAUUUGGCUAAGGCUGAGGAUCUGGCUUGCUUCCAUGUAUGUGGACCUAUCUGCAUUGCCCCCGUGGCACGCCUGGGUUGGCUACCCAGAGGCUAUUUAAGCUGUGGGCUGGCUUUCCCCGGGGUCCGAGGAUUGUUCAAUGUUCCUGAAUAAACUGCAUUGGCAAAAAAAAAAAAAAAAAAACACAAAAAAAACCUGGGGCAGGAGCCCCCCGGCUAUAACAUGCCUACAUUCCUGAACUCCAAAACAGCGGUACAGAAAAUGUGUUUAGUUUUAAAUCAUUAGCUUUGUUCUAAUCUGUUGCCCACAAUUAUAAGCU